CAAGACUCUCAAGGACGUCGGGUUCUCCGAUUCAGUUAGGUCCAUAGUUUCAAAAUUUAUGCGCGAAUCAAGAUCGAUAAAAAGAAGUUUUACCAUCACCAUCUCAAACCAUUGUCGAGUCCUGCUCAGGAGAAUAAGAGGAAACCAAAACUGGUUUCUUUCCCAUGGCUAUCCAUCUACGUUCCAACAAUCUGUUUCUCCUUUUAGGAUUGGUAUUAUGUACGAUUUCAAUUUGUUGCACCUCUAAUCCAGACUGGCAUAGUUACAGGACGCAUUAUCACAAGCAAGGAAAUUGGAUAAAUCAUGGUGGUGAUUUGUACAAUCGAAGAUACGCCUAUGGUGAAAAGAAAAUUAGCCGUUGGACUGCUUCAAGGCUGAAACAGAAGUGGGAAUUCAAAGCUGGAAAAGAUAUAACUGCGACGCCGGCAAUAUUCGACGGAGUUCUUUAUUUUCCGAGCUGGAAUGGCAAUAUAUAUGCAGUGAGAGCUAAAGAUGGAGUUCUUAUAUGGAAAAAAGGUUUGCCAGAAUUGACUGGAAUUAAUGGAAAAUUUAAUGCUUCAUCUUUGCCUAAUGUGACAACUAUAGUUGCAAGAGCAACACCAACUGUUGUGAGUGAUAAGGAUAUGGUGAUUGUUGGGGUUUAUGGACCAAGUUUGGUUCUUGCUUUGAAAAGAAGUAGUGGAGAUCUUAUUUGGAGUACACAAUUGGAUGAUCAUCCUGCUAGUGUUGUUACCAUGUCUGGAACAUACUUCAAGGGGGCAUUUUACAUCGGAACUUCAUCGCUAGAAGAAGGUGCUACAAUUAACGAAUGUUGCACCUUUCGCGGUAACUUUCUCAAGUUAGAUGUCAAAACAGGCAAAAUUCUAUGGAAGACCUUCUUGCUGCCGGACAACGGCGGAAAACUCGGCAAAUACGCCGGAGCUGCCGUAUGGGGAAGCAGCCCUUCCAUCGAUAUCCGGCGGAACCACGUCUACAUUGCCACCGGAAACCUCUACUCCGUACCUAAACACAUCGAGGAAUGCCAAAAGGAGCAGAAUCAACAAAAUCAGACCAAUCCGGAUCCGACCCGACCCGACAAGUGCAUUGAACCCGAGAACCACUCCGACUCGAUGUUGUCCUUGGAUUUGGAUUCCGGAGAGAUCAAAUGGUACAAACAGCUUGGAGGAUAUGAUGUGUGGUUCGUCGCAUGCGGAUUUAAUUCGACGAACCCUAAUUGCCCGAUUGGCCCGAGCCCUGAUGCUGAUUUUGGGGAAGCUCCGAUGAUGCUAAGCGUGCUUGCUAAUGGAACGAAGAAACGAGACGUAGUAGCAGCUGUGCAGAAAAGUGGAAUAGCAUGGGCAUUGGAUCGCGAUACUGGUGAUAUCUUCUGGACAACUGAAGCUGGUCCUGGAGGUACGGCAGGAGGAGGUAUAUGGGGAGCAGCCACAGACACAAAGAGGGUAUACACCAGCAUUGUCAACAGUGAUAACCUGAACUUCACAUUAGUCCCAUCCAAGAAUGUGACCACAGGUGGAGCCUGGGUAGCAAUGGAUGCUAAAACUGGCAAAAUCCUAUGGACGACUGCAGUUCCAAACAAAGGUAAAUCAAACCCUGUAACUGUUGCCAAUGGGGUGUUAUUAGCAGGUUCACAAAAUCCAACAGGUCCCAUUUACGCCAUUGACACAAAAACUGGGAAGAUAUUGUGGUCGAAUGAGACUGGUGCAACUGUGUUUGGGGGUAUGUCAGUGAGCAAUGGCUGCUUUUAUGUAGGCAAUGGUUACAGGUCUGGAAUAGGAGUCUUUAAUCCUAACAACACUGGUGGAACAUCACUCUUUGCCUACUGUGUAUAUUGAAAUGCCAAAGAAUGUUUAACUAUAAUGUAUGAUGCAUUUGUUGCAGACAUAAAAUAAAUAGAUGAAUAAAUAAAUGUUCUGUCUCUGACAGUUUAAGAACA